AUGGAUCUUCCAGGCGCAUCCAGCGCUGAUAAGAAGCGCAACAAGCUCGGCUACCACCGCACCUCUGUCGCCUGUGUGCAUUGUCGCCGGCGCAAGAUCCGAUGCCUGGUAUCCGCAGACGACACCCAGGGCCGCUGCGAGAACUGCAUCCGUUUGCGCAAAGAAUGCCAUUUCUAUCCUGUUGACCAGCAGCCGCCGACUGAGAAGAAGCAUUCCCGGCCAGGCUCCAAGCUAGAGUCCUCACUCGAUCCUACUGCAUCAUCGUCGCCUCCUGGACUGCCGUCCGGCUCGAUGGAUCCCACCGACAUGUACACCUACUCCAUCCCCAUGCACUCGACUCCGGACAUGGCGGGCUUCCAUCCUGCCAGUUUCCCGGCAAACCCCAUGGGUCCUUUUACUCCAGACGGCGUCGCCCAUCCAGACAUGAUGUCGGGCCAGACAAUCGACCCUAGCGCGUCGUGGGACGCUUCGGCCGCCCACCGCAUAUCCCCCGUUAUGUGGACACAGGGCCAGGUCGUAUCAUCUCUCCCGACAGCGUCCCCGAUUGCCGGGAUGCCAGGCCAGCCGCAGAUGAUGGCCGCGGGCCCUUCUCCCUACGCCACGGUGCAGCCCGACGGAACGUUAUGGCCGGGGCCUCUGCAGCGCUCCAUGACCGUUCCCACGCAGCAAGACCUUGGAUCGCCGUUUCCUAGCCCGGGGGCGUUUCCGCAGAAUAUACCGCCCGAACUCAAACGUCGAAUGACUAGUCCAGCGCAGGCGGUUGGCCCUAUCGCGACACCAUCUCCCAUGCAAAGUCCAUCACCGGGUAGUCUACAGGUGCCUGUCACUUAUACCGGGCAGCCGAUGGCAUACCGGCAGUGGAGUGGAAUGGGCGCCAUGCCCAUGGACGGCAGCGGCUAUCCGAUGUUCUCUCCUGGCCAAGUGCCCAGCAAUUUCCCCAUGAACCACCACCCUUCGUCGGGGCCAUAG